AUGCACUUGGAUACCGUUUUGAGUUCGGUUGGUCGUCACACAUUCACUCUAUAUCAACAUUUGGCUGAUCAGUUGCCUGUAUACACUGUGCAAACACCAAUAGAAGGAAACGGUCGAAUCGAAUGGCUUUAUCAUGGAAAUGAUGUGCGACGAGCGCUAAGACAUCUAUUAUGUGAUCCUACGUUACAUUUCUAUGAUGCUGCUGAAGAAAAAGCAUCAACUGACGAACAACACGAACGCCGUGAUAAUGUACUGUGUAUUGAUAAUCAAAAUGUCAUUACUUAUGCCGGUGGUGAGCCGGUUAAUGGUAUUGUCGGCCGAAUGUUACGUAGCAAACGCUAUCCAUGUCAUGUACAAACAUUUCCUCAAGAAGGUUUAAUCGAAGGAUUUGGUGGAGCUCACUGUAUGACAAACGCUUUACAUCGUCUUCCCAAAUAG